AUGGAGAUUUCAUCAAAAGAAAACACUCGGUUUUUCUCAAACACCACCACCCUUCAUGUGGACCGAUCUUCAUUCAAAUCUGAAUCUUCCGCAUCCAAGGAAAAACAGUCGUGUUGUGGAGGUAUCAAGAUAUUUCUUGGUGCAUUGUCUUUUGUUUAUUUUGCUAAAGCACUAUCAGGAAGUUAUCUAAAAAGUACUAUCACACAAAUAGAAAGAAGAUUUGAUAUCCCUUCCUCUCUGGUUGGCGUUAUUGAUGGCAGUUUUGAAAUUGGGAACCUCCUAAUCAUAAUUCUUGUAAGCUACUUCGGAGCGAAGCUUCACAGGCCAAGAAUAAUUGGAGCAGGCUGCUUAAUUAUGUCAGCUGGAACAUUCCUAAUUGCGAUGCCCCAAUUCUUCAUGGGACGAUAUCGGUAUGAAAGAUUUCCUUCCACCAUCAAUUCGACUGUUAGCAUCUCUCCAUGCCUGCAGGAUAAAAGCCAAACUCCGCUCUCAACCUUAGAAAAAUCUCAAGCAAAAAUAAAUGCAGGGUGUGAAAAAGAAGCAGGCUCUUCCAUGUGGAUCUAUGUUUUACUGGGAAAUCUUUUGCGUGGAAUAGGUGAAACUCCUAUCCAGCCUCUGGGAAUUACAUACAUUGAUGAUUAUGCCAUUGAGGAGAAUGCUGCCUUAUAUAUCGGCUGUGUACAGACAGUUGCAAUUAUAGGGCCAAUAUUUGGCUUUCUUCUAGGAUCCCUGUGUGCCAAACUUUAUGUUGACAUUGGCUUUGUGGAUCUGGACAGCGUAACAAUAACUCACAAGGACGUGCAGUGGGUGGGAGCCUGGUGGCUGGGUUACUUAAUCGCUGGUGUGAUUAGUGUUCUGGCCGGCAUCCCCUUCUGGUUCCUGCCAAAGCACCUCCCGAAACCAGAGAGCAGAAAGGACUCAAAUACCUCUUCCGAGCACUCAAAGUUCAUCACUGAGGAUAACAAGGAUCAACACAAACCUUAUCAGCAGCAAGUGAAGAUUGCUGAGAUGGCAAAAGACUUCUUGCCAUCACUGAAGAACCUCUUUGGGAACCCAGUUUACGUUCUGUAUUUGUGUGCAAGUAUCAUUCAGUUCAAUUCUUUAAUUGGCAUGGUGACGUAUAAGCCAAAGUAUAUUGAACAACAGUAUGGGCAAACAUCUUCAAAAACUAAUUUUGUUAUAGGCUUGGGUUCAGUUCCUGAACUGGGAUUUUCAUUAAUACAGUUUUUUCUGUUGAAAAAAUUCAGAAUCAAUGUUUUAGGGGCCGCAAAACUCUCCCUGGCAUCAUCUUUCUUUGGUUACCUUUUGCUCCUAUCAUUAUUUGCUAUGGGCUGUGAGAACUCGGAUGUGGCUGGACUGACUGUGUCGUACCACGGAACUAAACGGACGACUGAUUACGAGCAAGCCCUGUUUUCAGAGUGCAACUCAGGCUGUGCAUGUUCCAAGAAUGACUGGGACCCCAUCUGCGGGGAAAAUGGAGUUACCUACGUUUCUGCUUGUCUCGCCGGCUGCCAGGCGUCCAACGGCAGUGGGAAAAACACCGUAUUUUUUAACUGCAGCUGCGUGGGAGCCUUGGAGUCUCCUUCACAAAGUUCCUCGGCUGUGGUGGGACCAUGUCAAAAAGGAAAUGAGUGUCCAAAAAUGUUUUUGUAUUUUCUAGUAAUCUCAGUUAUCACUUCAUAUACUUUGUCAGUAGGUGGCACGCCCGGGUACAUACUGCUUCUAAGAUGCAUUAAACCACACUUGAAAUCAUUUGCACUUGGAAUCCAUACCAUGGCAAUAAGAGUACUUGCGGGAAUUCCAGCCCCAGUGUAUUUCGGAGUGGCGAUCGAUACCACUUGCCUGAAAUGGGGAAGCAAAAGAUGUGGGGGAAGAGGAGCGUGCAGACUCUACAACUCCAGUGCACUCAGGUACGUGUACCUGGGGCUGACUUUGGUGUUGGGCACGGUGUCCAUUUUCUUCAGUGUUGCUGUCCUUUGGGUUCUCCGGAAAAGGUCUUCUCCACAAGAUGAGACCCUCUCAGCCAACGGGGAGAGAGGCACCUGUGGGACAAAGAGCAGGAAAAAUAAUUUUGUGAAUAAUGACCAUUUAAUUCAGACAACUUACUGGCCAGAAAAGGAGACCAGACUUUAG